AUGGGAGUAGAUCAGCUAGAGCCGGGGAAGCAACACACCCGAUAUGACCACCCUCCUAUGAACCCUGCGCUGGCAACACCUCUGUAUGUCCUGGGCGGGUUCUUCGUUGUCUCAUUCCUCGGCCGCUCUAUCAUAAGGCUACGACACCAUCGACGUCUGCGUGAGGUUCUCCGAGAGGAUAAACAAGAAAGGUUCGCUCGCAACGGUGCUCUUUCAGCCUUUUUCAACAGACAUGUCUUUUACGCACCGUUAUUGUCUAUUCGCCACAGUCGCGAGUUUCGCUUUCUGGGCCGGAUCCAUAUGGGGAUAAUCCCACUACGGCUAGAGGCUGUUCUACUGCUCGCAUACUUUGUGUUGAACAUCGUCUUCUUUUUUGUACUUUCCAACUGGUGGUCGGGCUACCAGGAGACGAUGUACCAAAUCAAGUACGCCGCUGGUCACCUUUGCGUGAUGAAUUUGCCCGCACUUGUUCUCACUGCUGCUCGUAACAACCCCCUGAUCCCAAUGCUAGGGUUGCAGUUUGAUACAUUCAACCUAAUGCAUCGAUGGAUCGGGCGUCUCAUUAUCGGCGAGGCCGUAGUUCAUAUGGCCUGUGUGGUAGCAGGGAAAGCCAAAGAGAUGAGCAUGUCGGAGGUGACCCAUCUUCUCUGGAACACGCCGUUCUUUAUAGAAGGACUUGUUGCCUUUAUUGCGUUCAUGGUGAUACUAUUUCAGUCCGCCUCUCCCAUCCGACAUGCCUUUUACGAAUUCUUCCUUCAUUUCCAUAUCAUGCUUGCAAUAACCUCAUUUGUUGGACUCUGGUAUCACCUUCGUGGGUUGGCUCUACAACGUGUCCUGCUGGUCACGCUCAUUCUGUGGGGUCUUGAUAGAGUUGGGCGCUUGGGGAGUAUUAUCUGGCGCAACUUCGGGAAACAACGCACAAUGGCCACCGUGGAGCUCCUUCCCGGCGAUGUAGCUCGCGUUGAUAUAGCCCUGGCGCGGUCAUGGACCUUCAAGCCCGGGCAAUACAUGUACCUCUACAUGCCGUCCCUUGGUCUCUGGACAUCGCAUCCAUUCUCCAUCGCAUGGACGGAUGACCGAGCGAGUCUGACCGAAAAGCGCGGAUCCAAUGAAUCACUCAGCAUCUUGUUGGGAGGCCCGCAGCGUGAAAUCAUGUCCUUCCUGAUCAAGCGACGUGACGGAUUUACCAAUAAGCUUCUCGCGAAAGUUAACAAGUCGAUGGAGGGAAAGUUCACUGCAUCCGCCCUGGUUGAAGGUCCUUUCGGUGGCCUUCAUUCUCUCUCUUCAUACGGGACAAUUCUUUUAAUCGCAGGCGGCAUUGGAAUCACCCACCCAAUGUCCUAUUUGCAUGAGAUCAUGAGUAGAUUUUCCCAGAAGUCGACCGCUGUUCGGAAGGUCAGCCUGAUCUGGGUGAUCCGCAGUAUUGACCAUCUGGAAUGGAUCCAGCCGUGGAUGACAUCUCUCCUAAAUCAUUCGGCACUUCAAGUAUCGAGCGAACAAAAAAGCCACACAUACUUCCAGUUCCCAGAAUUCUCCCUUUCCAUUCAAAUAUAUCUCACGUUAAGUGAAAGUACAGACGAGUACUCGCUAGAGGAGAGCCCCUGGACCAAUUCCGCACCGCCAAGCGUACCCAUCAGCGUGGUCUCCGGCAAGCCAUCAUUCAACCAAAUCUUAGAAGACGAGAAGAAGCAACAGAUAGGUGCAAUGGCAGUCAGCGUGUGCGGACCAGGCGGGAUGGGCGAUGAUGUCCGCAAAUGCGUUCGGGAUAACCAGGGGACGCAAACCAUAGAUUUAUACGAAGCGUCGUUCUGCUGGUAG